AUGUUUGUUGCACAGACAAUAAAAUCGGAGCAUAAGGACCUGAUUCAUGAUGUAUCUUUUGACUACCAUGGCAGAAGAAUGGCUACUUGUUCCAGUGAUCAGACAGUAAAGGUGUGGGACUUUGAUGAAGCCAACGGAUGGCAGUGUACUGCAAGCUGGAAGACACACACUGGUUCAGUGUGGCGUGUGACGUGGGCACAUCCAGAGUUUGGUCAGGUGCUGGCCACCUGCUCCUUUGACCGGACAGCGGCCGUCUGGGAGGAGCUGAGCAGUGACUCCAGUGUCAGAGGUGGCCGGUCCACCAACACCUGGCUCAAGCGAACAUCCCUCGUGGAUAGCCGCACCUCUGUCACAGAUGUCAGGUUCGCCCCCAAACAUUUAGGACUACAGCUGGCGACGUGUUCGGCGGACGGUGUUGUGAGGAUCUACGAGGCCGUGGAUGUGAUGAACCUGAGCAACUGGCAGCUGCAGUUUGAGUUCAACUGUAACCUCAGCCUCAGUUGUCUCUCUUGGAACACUGCCAGAAUGCACCCUCCAAUGAUUGCUGUAGGGAGCGAUGACCCUAAUCAGUCGGCAGGAGGCAAAGUUCAGAUCUAUGAGUAUAAUGAAACAUCACACAAGUGGCAGAAAGUUGAGACAAUCUUCAUGGUCACCGAGCCCGUACAUGACGUCAGGUUUGCCCCAAACCUGGGCAGAUCUUACCAUUUGUUGGCCGUCGCCUCGCGGGAUCUCACCAUCUUCUCCCUGAAAAACAUCAGGAAAGAGGGAGCCAACAACUCUGGCGGGUUGAGCAAGUUUGAAAUACGCCAGGUUGGAGGCUUUGAUGAUCACGAAUCUUUGGUUUGGCGUGUCUCAUGGAAUAUAACAGGAACCAUCUUGGCAUCGUCUGGCGAUGAUGGAUGUGUACGAUUGUGGAAAGCCAAUUAUCUGGACAACUGGAAGUGUAUCUCCGUUCUGAAGGCUGACAGUAACGCCAGCGAAGCAGAAAGAGCAGUGAUACAUGCUCCCAGUUUCUCCAACACACCAACGUUAGGUUCCGUCAGGUAUAACAACAGCUACAGCAAUGCCAGUUAG